CUAUCUCAACCACACUACGGGAAGAAAGCAAAUUAUUUCGAUUCAGAGAAAGACUCGAUUACUUGCAGAGAAAAUGGUAACCAGAACAGUGGACCUUAGAUCAGACACAGUGACAAAGCCAACUGAAGCAAUGAGAGCUGCCAUGGCCACUGCUGAAGUCGACGACGAUGUGCUCGGCUACGACCCUACCGUAUUCCGCUUAGAAACCGAGAUGGCGAAGAUAAUGGGAAAGGAAGCAGCACUUUUUGUGCCAUCAGGGACAAUGGGGAACCUCAUAUCUGUGCUCACACAUUGCGAUGUUAGGGGAAGUGAGGUAAUUCUUGGGGACAAUUGCCAUAUCUUUAUCUAUGAGAAUGGAGGGAUUUCAACCAUUGGUGGGGUGCAUCCGAGGACGGUGAAGAAUAAUAGUGACGGAACCAUGGACCUUGAUUUGAUUGAGGCUGCUAUAAGGGAUCCAAGGGGAGAGAUAGUGUAUCCAACUACUCGGCUUAUUUGCUUGGAAAAUACUCACGCAAACUCUGGUGGCAAAUGUCUUUCAGCUGAAUAUACAGAUCAAGUUGGAGAGCUUGCUAAGAAGCAUGAUCUGAAGCUUCACAUUGACGGGGCGCGUAUUUUCAACUCUUCAGUUGCACUUGGGGUUCCUGUGGAUAGGCUUGUCCGAGCAGCUGAUUCCGUUUCGGUUUGCCUAUCCAAAGGUAUAGGUGCACCGAUUGGAUCUAUUAUUGUUGGAUCAAAGAGCUUCAUUGCCAAGGCUAGACGGCUGCGGAAAACCUUAGGUGGUGGAAUGAGGCAGGUCGGUGUCAUUGCCGCCGCAGCACUUGUUGCCUUGCAGGAAAAUGUUGGAAAGCUGGAAAGUGAUCACAAGAAAGCUAGACUUUUAGCUGAUGGAUUGAAUGAAAUGAAAGGACUGAGAGUGGAUCCAGUGGAGACUAAUAUUCAAGAACUUGGAAGAACGUGGUAUCCUUGUGAUGGAUGUUAGCCCAUCAAGAAUUAGGAUUGUCCUCCACCACCAAAUUUCAGCAAGUGAUGUGCAAUAUGCCUUGUCAUGCUUUCAGACAAGGAAUGGAUUAUUACCUCGGUACCUUCUUGAUGUCUUCCUGCUAUAAAUUAGUUUGAUAAUUAGUAAGUGCA